AUGGAUAUCAAGCUAAUCUCUGAGACGAGCUUGACAGAGACUAAAAUCCUACAUCAACAUCAUCACGGUCAUAUUGAUGGUAACGUGGAGUUGAAAGCAAGGUAUGGUGCAAAGGUGAUUGGCUCUGCGAUAGACAAAAACAAAAUUCCAGGCAUUGAUAUUGUUUUGGAUGAUGGGGAUGAGUGGAUGUUUGCAAGCCAUGAGGUGCAUGUUAUGGAGACUCCUGGAACCCCUAAACAGAUGUUGUCAUCCAUUAGAAAGAUUACGUCUUUGCCAGAUGACACAAAUGUAUACUGUGGCCAUAAAUAUACAUUGAGUAAUUCAAAGUUCGCAUUGUCUAUAGAGCCUGAGAACGAGGCACUCCAAUCUUAUGCAACACAUGUAGCUCAUCUUUGCAACAAGAGCUUGCUUAUGAUUCUAACUACCCUUAAACUGGAGAAGGCAUGUAAUCCAUUUCUUCCAACUUCGAGUAAAGAGAUCAAGCAGAUAUUAAACAUUCAUUCCACAACAAAUGAUGCAGAAGCUUUGGGUGUCAUACGCCAAGCUAAGGAUAGUUUUUGA